GUAAUGAGUAAAGAAAAUAAAUGGGUUGAUCAAUUAGAAGAUAUAGAUCCAAAGUAUCAGAAAAAAUAUGCCAAGUCUCUUUGGCCGCCUGCAGAUGUAGGUAAACUUAACCUAGAAAGAUGCAUGCGGAUAUAUCCUCACUUUCAAGAUACUGGUGCCUUUUUCAUUGCGGUGCUUCAAAAGACAGGCCCAAUAACAGACAUUAGUUCUAUAGACAGUUCAGCAUCUAAUAAGAACGCUUGUGAUACAGAAGAUGCAUCAAUCGCUGAAACUAAUGAAAAUGACAUUCAAAAUUUUUAUGAAGAAACUGACAUGUCAAAUGAUCCAGACGCAACAAUUGUUGAUGACCUAUCAAUUAAUGUAGCCGUAGAUAAUUUACAUGUAAUCCCUAUAAAGAGACAUAAUGUUGAUUCUUCUAAACAUGAAUCACAUAAAUGCCCAAAAGUUGAAAAGCUCGAAACAAAAAUAGAACCUGAUGAAGAUGAUAAUCAGAUGGGAUCUAAACAUGAAUCACAUAAAUGCCCAAAGGUUGAAAAGCUCGAAACAAAAAUAGAACCUGAUGAUGAUGAUAAUCAGAUGGGAUCACAAAAACGAGCGUGCGAAGAGCCUUUUAUUUUUUUGGAUCCAGAUGAUGCGGUUAUCUCUCAGAUCAGAGAAUAUUAUGGAUUAUCCCAUGAAUUUCCAACAGAUCAAUUGCUUGUUCGAUCAGUAAAUGAGAGAAACAAGAUAUUGUAUUUUGUAUCUGAACCUGUUAAACGAGUAUUGCAGGCCCCCGAUUGUCAUCGAUUAAGGGUAGUAAACUCUGGAAUAAAAGUGUUUACUCGACAAGAAGCCAAUGAACCAAUAAAAUGCGAAUUUCGUUUUAACGCUGAGGGUGUAAUAAUGAUAUACCCUUACAUAUCCAAAAAGAGAGUGGUGAAUUUUAGAUUAGAAGACCUUAAAAUAUUAUUGUCAGAACCAACACCGCUUUUAGAUCGAUUUGAUGAAAAAAUUCAGAAAAAGUUGAAAGAAUUAGAUAUGGGGUGUAUAAUUGUCUAUAUUGAUUCAUGUAAAGAACGUGAUGCAAUUAUAUUACCUGUCUGGAGAGCUGCAGUAUCUCUAAAUCUAUUAUAUCGAAAGGAAGAACGAAGCAUUGGAAUUAAGAGUUUUGAAUUUUUACCAAUAAAAGUUGUUUAG